CUCAGUACAAUUUCACAGUCCAUAGCAUCAACAUUCAGUCAUGCCACUCAAAAUUCUUAUCACAAUCACAUUAAUUUGCAUACAAAACUCCAUCUCACUGUCAUUGACUCCAGUUUUAAUUGAAAGUCAAGCUAUUGAUGCUGAAAAUAUUUACGAAUUUCCAAAAAACUUCUCAUUUGGUGCUGCAACAGCUGCUUAUCAAAUCGAAGGUGGAUGGAAGGAAGAUGGUAAAGGACCAUCAAUUUGGGACACAUUUGUGCAUAAUCAUCCGGAAAUGAUUGCUGAUGGAAGCAAUGGGGAUGUUGGAGACGACUCAUAUCACCAUUUUAUGGAUGACAUCAAAGCACUCAAGGAAGUCGGUUUCGAACAUUAUCGUUUCUCAAUUUCAUGGUCACGAAUAUUUCCAACAAGCACAAUUGUCAAUGAAAAGGCAUUUGAUUACUACAACAAGCUUAUCGACGCACUGAUUGUAAACAACAUUGAGCCAGUCGUGACUAUGCUUCAUUAUGACAUUCCACAAUGGAUUCAAGAUACUGGCGGAUUCCUUAAUCCAUAUUUUAUUAAAUAUUUCAAGCUUUAUGCUUACACAUUGUACAAGAACUUCGGGUCAAGAGUUAAAAUUUGGAUAACAUUCAAUGAGCCAUUCGAAAGUUGCGUUGAAGGAUAUUCUUAUGGAUCAACUCCACCUUUAAUUACCCUCCGAGGUGUUGGUGAAUACAUGUGUGCUCAUCAUGUCAUUUUAGCUCAUGCAGCUGCUUAUGAAACUUACAAAGCUCACUUUAAGCAAGAUCAACGUGGAAUGGUUGGAAUUACUCUGGACAGUCGUUUCUAUUUCCGUAAAAAUCCACAAGAUUCACCUGAAAUCAUAGACAGAUUCAUGAAUUUUGAACUUGGCUGGUUCGCUCAUCCAAUUUAUAGCAAGACUGGUGGAUAUCCUCAAGUAAUGAUUGAUGAAAUCAAUGAAAGAAGCAAGAAAGAAGGACGAGCUUGGUCAAGACUUCCAGAAAUGACAGAAGACAUUAAAAAGUUUGUCAGAGGCACUGCUGACUUCCUUGGAUUUAAUUAUUAUUCAUCCCGAUAUGCAGAACUUGACACAUCUGACUACAAUCCAUCCUCAAAUCCAACAAUAACUGAAGAUUCUCGAAUUCGAACCUCAAUUGAUCCAUCGUGGAAACGAGCAAAGUCAUCAUGGCUGUACAGUGUCCCACAAGGUCUUCAUGAUGCUCUCGUAUGGAUUAAAGAUCAAUAUGACAAUAUUCCAGUACUGAUUACUGAGAAUGGAUGGAGUGAUGAUGGGCAAUUGAAUGAUGAUGGAAGAAUUGAAUAUUUUAGAGAUCACUUGAUAGCUGUGGCUAAAGCGAUUAAUGAGGAAAAGUGUAAUGUUAUCGGAUAUACUGCGUGGUCUAUUAUUGACAACUUUGAGUGGCGCAAAGGCUUCAGUGAACGAUUUGGAAUUUACCACGUCAAUGUGACAAGUCCAACAAAGGAACGAACAGCUAAAAAGUCAGCAAAAUUCAUGCGUGAAGUGAUCAACAAUAGGUUUAUUGGACAAUAAUUAAAGGACAUCAAGCUUUUAGAUCCCGAGAGUGAAUAGUAAAAUCUAUUUUGGUGCGCUGUCACAUUUCACAAGAAAAAUUAACAAUGAAUUAAAAACUUUGAAUGAUUUACUUUCC